AUGAAGACAUUUGUAAGCCCUGGAAAUGCCACAUGUUGCAGUAUGUUGUCCUUUUGUGGCAUCAUCUUCCUUGUUGUUCUCGGCAUGGCAUUUGAUGCCAAGGUUGAGAUUCUAACAGAAUUCACCAGUGACCCUGAUGAUCCGAAGUUGACCGCAAAGGCAUGUUUCUCUGCUGCUAUCGUCUAUGCUUGUUUCCUUGGUUUCUGUGGUUGUCAGAUGUUGGUACAUAAAUUCAACUCUCGUAAUCAAAUUCAACUCUAA